GAAUCUGUUAGUCUGGAAACUUGACUUAGGCGCUUAGGACAUGUUGUAUUACUAGGCCGAUACGCUAGCCUACAUGCAUGACAUGGGUCAUGUCCUAGCCCUAUGCAAACUUUGCAAAGGAUCGGAAUACUUUAGCUAAGGUUUGUCAAGGGUUGCGAAUUAGAUCAACUGACUCGAGGCUGGGCUAUAUGGCGGCCCCUGGAAAGUCUAGCUGCCUGUUGGUUGUCAGUGCCAAAGAUGGUGUUCCAGCACAGUCAUUCAUUCAUGCAUUCACACUCUGCCACUCGGCAUUCAGUCUACAACUUGCAUCACCAGAUAGAAAGCCAAUUGAUUUCAUAGAGCAAGAUGAAAGUAGCAAAAGAUGGCUGAGUGAAUUCAAAACCAAACCGUUUUCCACACCUGUCAGAUUAGACACCAUAGACGCAUCUCGUUACGCAGCUCUUCUAGUGGUAGAUUCCCCUGGUGCUCUUCAUGACCUGGCUCAUGACAAGGAUCUUGCACAGAUCCUGCAUCACUUCAAAGCAGAAGCAAAGCCUGUGUGUGCUAUUGGUAUGGGCGUUGCUGCAUUGUGUUGUGACAGAGAUCAAACUGGUGCUAAGUGGGCCUACUGUGGCUUCUCAAUGACUGCGCCAUCAGUGUAUGAGCUUGCCCGGUCCCCUACCUUCUCAAGUUUACCAAUCAUUCCAGAAGAUUUCAUCAAGGACAACGGAGCUAUAUACAGUGCUAGUGAAGUUGAUGCCGUACAUGUAGUAGUGGACAGGCAUUUGAUAACCGGUCAAAAUGAAGCAUCAACAUUAACCGCUGUACAAAACCUCAUCUUGCUGUGCAACGCAAAAUCCAGCAAAGCAACACUGAAGUAAGUUACAGGUGUGUGCAAGGAAGUGAUUCAUUCUAUUGGAGAGACAACAUGCAGCAGAAUUGUCAGCAUGUUGAAUGGAGUCUCAACAUGCUCAAGUAAGCUUGUUGAAACCAUUCUACACCAGCAACCUCUGGUAUGAAGACCUUUGCAAAUGAGAAUUUCAUACGAGGCAAAGCAGUGAGAUACAAAAGCACAGUGUCAUUGUGCUUAUUCUACAAGCAUGUUGUCAUGCCUUGGUAUGAAGAUGGCAACUCUGAAAGAUUUGUUUUGAUAAAAUAACAAAGUUGGGGGGGGGGGUCGGGUUAAUGUGUACUGUGUAUGAUGUGUAUUUUGUAAACUUUGUUAACUCAAGUGUAAUUUUUCUGUUAAAUGACUUUUCAGUCUGUACGUAGUACACUGAAUCUAA